GUUUCUUUCUCUUCCCGUUUCUUACUUUCUCUUCCCUCUUCCAUGGACUUAGCAAUGGCUUCUUUUCCAUUUCGUUUUCUUUUCUUUCCCCAUUUAUUUGUAUUCCCCGCUCCCCUUCCGCUGCCGUUGCCAUCCGCCGUCGGUUUCACAGAUGGAAGAUCUCUGAUUCUCUUCGAUUCCGUAGGCUGCAAUCCAGGUUCAACGGACAAAAAUGGAAAGGAGAACCGGGGACAUAACAAGAAAGAAAAGGGAAAAGAGGGAGGAAAAGAAAAGAAAGGGAAGUGCCACAUGGAGAAAGAGGGGGCAGGGAGGAGGAGGAAAAAAAACAAAAAAUGGAAAAAGAAGGAAAAGUGGUGCAGGGAGAGAAGGGAGGGGAGAAAAAAGAAAAAUGGGGGGAGGGAGGUCUGUUCAUGGCGCAGGGAGAGAAAGCAAAGAAGGAUGAAACAGAAAAAUAAAAUAAAAAGACAAGAAGAAAAAGGGGGAAGAAGAGGAAGAAGCAAGGGCGAAGAAACUGGGGCUAAGUCGCGAACCAGAGAAGAGGAGGGAGAAGAAAUUAAGAGAAAAAGAGAAAAAAGAAAACAAUCAAAAAAUGUCUAGGUGCCUUCCACUUCAUCAAUAUUGGAGGGUUACCGGGUGGUAACCGCUCCAAUGGAAAGAUUGGUUAAAAUUUGAGAGUUGAAAGAGUGAGUGUUUAGAUUUGAUUCUUAAAACUGCUUCUGCUUCUUCAGGGAACAGAAACAGAAGUUGGAGUGUUUGGAUAAAAGUGCAUAAGUGAUUCUAGUGC